ACACGACCAAACAAAAGUAACAGGCGUUUAAAAGAGAGUUGGGUGAUUUUUUCAACAAAAGAAAAAAAAAGGCUGGGUUUUUGUAGGGGGUUGAAGAAAGGAGAAGAAGUCAGGCGUCACUCGUCAAAAGCGUGUCGCACGCCUUACUCAGUAGGCUGAGCUCCACCAAGUCCACGGCUGAGCUGCCAUUUUGCACCACCAAGUCCACGGCUGAACUCCUCCUCUUUCUUAUUGAAAACUCCAAUUAUUCUGAUGAAAAAAAAAAAAUCAGAAAUGGAGGAAAAUUCAUCAAUGAUGUUGGAACAUUACCGCCGUGAUCGCCAGAAGCUGCUUGAAUUCAUAAUUUCAUCCUCAAAUUUAAUCAAACAAGUUUGUACUUCUUCUGGGCCUACUCUUUCUCUCUCUGACAUCAACCUCGACACUCUCAGUGCUGACUAUGUCAUCAAUUGCAUCAACUCCGGUGGUGUUUUUGACGUUGCUGAAGCGACGGAUACUUAUUAUCAUGAAUUAUCAUACCCUACCAUGAUCCAUUCUAAAUUGGGGAGUUCUUUUUUCACCCUCUCACAAUCUGAACUGUCCAGAUCACCUCCUAAACGUCGCCCUCCUUCAGCUGUUCCAAGUGAGAAAACUAGUGUUGCACCUCAAUCAUCAAUCCAAGCAGAGCAGAUUUCAAAUCACAAGAUUGCUUUAAGAAAAGAUGAAGAGGUGUUCAAGAUUGGAAACGUAAUGACUAGACCCUCAAAGUCUGCUGAGAGUGGAGUUGUUGCUCCUUUAGGAUUACCGCACUUACAAACAGGAUUGUCCGAGGACGAUUUGCGGGAGUCAGCUUAUGGAGUACUGGUUGCAUCCCUAGUCUUCUCCAGGAUUGAAGUUUUAUGCGAACAAGAUCGAAAGAAGGAAAAGUCUUCUAAACUUCUAGCUGGUUUGAAAGGGAAAAAGAAUAGAGACAUUUUGCCAGCGCGUUCUCAAGAUAGAAAUUUGGAACUACUUAACACCAUACGCACUCAAAUGGAGGUUUCAGAAGCGAUGGAUUUAUGCAUGAGGCAGAGUUUGACACGUUGCGCUUCAAGGACAUCAUGUUCACAGAUUGAUUAUCUGCAACUUGUACUUGGCCUUAUUAAAAGCACUUCAAGAUCAAGUUUUCCGAAUGAAAAGUCUUAUGUUAAGUGGAAAAAUAGACAGGCAAAUAUCUUGGAAGAACUCUGCUGCCUUGGUCAUUUGACGGAGGAAUAUGCUACCAUCAAACAUGCUAUUGGAAAGAUAAGAAAUGCAAGGGAAUGGGAUCUGAUGUCUCCCAGUGAACGAACUGAAGUUCUACAUUGUAUCAGAGAUUCUGCUUCAAAAAUCCCCCAUAUGCCAGAAGUUGGAGAUGAAAGAUGCGACUACCCCAUUGGUUACCACUUGAAAGUUCGGCUAUAUGAGAAUCUGUUAUCUUCAGUGUUUGACAUUCUUGAAGAAGGACAAAUAUUAGCGGAGGCGAAUGAAAUUCUGAUGCUCGUCAAGAUGACCUGGUCUAUUCUUGGGAUCACUCAGAUUAUUCAUGAUGCAUUGUAUAGUUGGGUUCUCUUCAAACAGUUUGUUCAAACAGAAAGGGAAGAUCUGCUAGAGUACACCACUAUCCAAAUGAAGAAUAUUCUAGCUGAUGAAUCUCUUUAUGAAGGAGGGGAGGGUUUGUUGUGUACGAUCGAGUGGCGAGAAACUGUAGUUCGACUAAACUUGGUUCCAGCUGUAUUGCUCUCCAUGCAUAUUUGGUGCAAUGGAAAACUACAAGAUUAUCAUAGGCAUUUUAGUCAGAAACCAUCCAAGUUUAAGAGGAUACUGACCUUUGCAAUGGCGACUGCAGUUCUUGAUCUAAAUGAAUUUGGCGAGUUGACUAAAGCUGACAGCUCCACUAAAGAUGCUUCAAGAAGGUUAAAGAUGUUUGUUGAGAGCUCUGCUCAAGCAGCAUACAUGCUAGUGCUUGAUGGUUUGGAUCUAAAAUCAAAUCCAGGGAGGGUACAUCCACUGACCUUACUUGCAAAUGCCGUAAAAUUGAUUGCUGACGCAGAAUUGACUGUAUUCUGUCCUGUAUUACAUAUAUGGUGUCCUGAAGCUGGGAUGAUUUCAUCCACAGUAUUGUAUCAACUCUUUCGGGAAAGACUGGGACCAUUUAUUCAGGGCAUAUCGUGUCUCUCUCAAGAUGUCAAGUUGGUUCUUGCUGCUGCUCAUAUGCUUGACCGCCAGCUCACUCAACUCUAUUCUUUCAGCUAUCAUGGGAAUAGCUCACAUCAGCUUUUCAAAGUUGAUUUGGACCAUUAUCAGAUUGGAGAUGUCUCUGCUUCACUUAUUCUUGAUUGGUCAAUAUCUCAACAUGCAUAUAUACUGGACUGGAUUGGCCGUGCUUUUGAUCUCGAGGAAUGGGAACCAUUGUCAUCUCUACAGAAACAUGCCGUAUCUGUUGUUGAGGUAUUUAGGAUGAUUGAGGAGACAGUGGAUCAAUUUUUUGGGUUGAAUCUUCCUGUGAACAUCACACAUUUACAAGCUUUACUUUCACUAAUUAUCCACAGCUUGGACUCCUAUUUGACCAAAAUGGUUGGCCAAUUAGUUGAGAAGAGCCACCUUUAUCCACAAGCUCCUUCAUUGACGCGGUAUGAGGAAACAUUGGUUCCUAUCCCUAGAAAAAAGAUGGUCGAGCUCAAGAUCUUGGAUGAUAAUUCUAGCAAUGCCCUAAAUCAGUUGACCUUAUCCAAGCUCUGUAUCAGAUUGAACACUCUUCAAUAUAUUAAAAGUCAAAUUGGUAUACUAGAAGAUGGCAUGAGGAAGUCAUGGGGACUUGUCAGACCAUCUGUGAAGCGAAGAUGGUUUAACAUCGUAGAAGAAGAAGCUCCUGAAAUCUUAGAGAGAACUAUGAGUGAAGAAUCAAUUGAUGAAUUAUUUGCUACGACGUUUGAUGGGAUUAGAAAUAGUACCACAGAUGCUAUCGCCAAACAUAUUGACUUCACAGGAACAAAAGCUGUAUUCUGGGACCUAAGAGAGAAUUUCCUAUAUCAAUUAUAUCGUGGUGGUGUUGAUAAAGCGCGUAUGGACACUGUUCUUCCGAAUGUUGAUUCUGUGCUGAACCAAAUAUGUGGAUCAAUUGAUGACGCCGUCAGAGAUCCUUUGGUUUUAAGUAUUUUUCAUGCAUCAUUGGAAGGUCACCUUUGGGUAUUGCUAGAUGGAGGGCCUUCACGUGCAUUUUCUGAUUCAGAUAUCGCUUUGAUGGAGGAUGAUCUUAGAGCACUCAAGGACUUCUUUGUGGCUGAUGGAGAAGGUCUUCCUCGUUCUACGGUUGAGCGAGAAGCGAAGUUUUCUCAUCAAGUAUUAAGCUUGUUUUCCCUACAGACUAGUCACAUUAUCCAAAUGUUAAUGACUGCAAGUGAGCACAUCUCACGUAGGGUUCAAUCACGUGGUCACAGUCAUAGGUCAUUGGAUGAUGCUAAUACUUUGAUACGGAUAUUAUGUCACAAAAUGGACAUGGAAGCUUCAAAAUUUCUAAAGAAGCAGUACCGGCUCCCACCAUCCUCGGAAUACGAUGAAAAUCCAAAGAAUGAAUCCACGUCAAGUUCAGCCAUCAUAUCAGAUCUGCUAAAAAGAAGUGCAUCAUUUCGGUUCCCAGACACAGGACACAGUAGCAUCAAAUCAUUGAAGAAGAAAUUCCAAGAAGCUUGGUGAGAGAAGGCGCUUUUGCUUUGAUGCUGAGGGGUCCUUCCAUUUCCCAUGCAGGCCUUAAAGGUGGGCGACUGACAACAAAAGAAGCUUUGGUGCAACUUGAUCAUGUCUUCAACCAAAGGUGUGCAGAUAAUCCUGCUGGAUCAAAAAUGGAGGUAUUGCGUAGCUUAGCCGCGUCAUUGCAAGAUGGGGUGGUCAAAAGUCGUCUAGUGUUGCGAAAUUUAUGUGUAUAAAUGUUUCAAGGCUGAUAAACUUGAAGUAACCAAAAGAAAGAGUUUAGGAUUGGCUGGUUGCUUCCACACCACCACCCUUUCACGAGAUUGAUAUGUUAAUAGCAACUAUUGGCAAAAUUGAGCUAAUACAAACAAGUGUCCAGGAAAUGAACAUGAAUUGAGUUCUUGGUUUGUCUUUUUUCACGUCAUAUUUGUUUAAUUUAGUCAGGCAAACCAUGUUAAUUUUACAUGAAAUUCAAGAAUGAGAAAUAUAUGUGGGAAAUCCAAAAGGUUUUGUACGA